AUGGGUGAACUGGGCGCUCUUGGAUGUACUAUUAAGGGUUACGGAUGUGCUGGUGUGUCAUACGUUACAUAUGGAUUAAUUGCAAGGACAUUGGAUGGCGUGGAUUCAGCAUACAGGUCUGCCUUCAGUGUUCAAAGCAGUUUAGCCAUGGGUUCUAUCUAUAUGUAUGGAUCCGAGGAACAGAAACAAAAAUUCCUCCCGAGGAUGGCCAAGGGAGAAUUGGUGGGUUGCUUUGGUCUGACAGAGCCGAAUCACGGUAGCGAUGCCGGAGGCCUUGUGACAAGAGCUAAAUAUGAUGCCAAAAGCAAGAGCUAUAUACUAUCCGGAUCAAAAACCUGGAUCACUAACUCGCCGAUAGCGGAUAUAUUAAUAGUCUGGGCUAAGGACGAGGAAAACAAAGUUAGAGGUUUUAUAGUUGAGAGAGCACAAGUCAAAAAAGGACUUGAUACCCCCCGAAUCGACGGUAAAUUUUCUUUGCGAGCGUCUGCGACAGGCAUGAUAUUGCUCGACGAAGUGGCUAUACCGGAAGAGAAUUUAUUGCCUAACGUAGUCGGCUUAAAGGGACCUUUCGGAUGUCUCAAUAACGCGCGGUAUGGAAUCGCUUGGGGCGCUCUUGGUGCGGCUGAGACAUGUUUGCGGAUCGCCCGACAGUACACAAUAGAUAGAAAGCAAUUUGGGAGGCCGCUAGCUUCAAACCAGCUUGUACAAAAGAAGUUGGCUGACAUGAUUACAGAGAUAAGCAUUGGUUACCAGGCAUGCUUAAAAGUCGGUCGCUUGAUAGACAAGGGCUUAGCUGCGCCCGAAAUGACAUCGAUAAUUAAACGAAAUUCUUGUGGAAAAGCUUUAGAAAUCGCUAGAGUUGCCAGAGAUAUGCUUGGAGGGAAUGGCGUUUCAGACGAAUAUCAUAUUAUUAGGCACGUUAUGAAUUUGGAGGCAGUUAAUACUUAUGAGGGGACACAUGAUAUACAUGCGCUAAUUUUAGGCAGAGCUAUUACAGGAAUUCCAGCAUUU